GUGCGCGCGCCUGUGUGUGUGCGCGCGCGCGCCUGUGUGUGUGCGUGUGUGCGCGCGUGUGGAAAUAGAUCAACAAGUAUAAUGAGCUCUGCAGAGAUGGAUUUCGCGCAGAUCGUGCUGGUGGCUCUGCUGUGCUGGAGUGGGGUCGACGCCGUGAUCAACCUCAAGUACUCCGUGGACGAGGAGCAGAGAGCGGGCACGGUCAUCGCGAACGUGGCCAAGGACGCCAAGGACGCUGGCUUCGUGGUGGACCCCAGACAGCCGUCCCUGCGGGUCAUCUCCAACUCGGAGCCGCACUGGGUGGACAUCAGCCCGGCGGGGCUGCUCAUCACCAAGCAGAAGAUCGACCGGGACGCCGCGUGCCGGCAGACCCCCAAGUGCGUCAUAUCGCUGGAGGUGAUGUCCAACUCCAUGGAGAUCUGCGUGAUCAAGAUCGAGAUCAAGGACCUGAACGACAACGCGCCCCGCUUCCCCACCGACCACAUCGACGUGGAGAUCUCGGAGAACGCGUCCCCGGGCACGCGCUUCCCCCUGGAGGCGGCCAGCGACCCGGAUUCGGGCACCUUCGGCGUGCAGACCUACGAGAUCACCCCGAACGACCUGUUCGGCCUGGAGAUCAAGACGAGAGGCGACGGCUCCAAGAUAGCGGAGCUGGUGGUGGAGAAGAGCCUGGACAGGGAGACGCAGUCGCACUACAGCUACGAGAUCACGGCCGUGGACGGCGGAGACCCGCCCAAGUACGGCACCGUGCAGCUGAACGUGAAGGUGCUGGACUCGAACGACAACAACCCGGUGUUCGAGGAGCCCGUGUACACGGUGAACGUGAUGGAGAACUCGCCCGUGAACACGCUGGUGAUCGACCUGAACGCCACGGACCCGGACGAGGGCAGCAACGGCGAGGUGCUCUACUCCUUCAACAGCUACGUGAGCGAGAAGACCCGGGACGUGUUCAAGAUCGACCCGCGCACCGGCCUCAUCACCGUGAGCGGCCUCCUCGACUACGAGUCCACGCACAUCUACGAGAUCGACGUGCAAGCCAAGGACCUGGGACCCAACUCGAUCCCGGCGCACUGCAAGGUGACGGUGAACGUGAUGGACGCGAACGACAACGUGCCCGUGAUCAGCCUGCUCUCGGUGCACAGCGAGAUCGUGGAGGUGAGCGAGAGCGCGCCGCUCGGCUACGUGAUCGCGCUCGUGCGCGUCUCGGACCGCGACGCGGGCGCCAACGGCAAGGUGCAGUGCAGGCUGCAGGGCAACGUGCCCUUCCGGCUGCAGGAGUACGAGAGCUUCUCCACCAUCCUGGUGGACGGCCGCCUGGACAGGGAGCAGAGGGACACCUACAACCUGACGAUCGAGGCGGAGGACGGCGGCACGCCCUCCCUGAAGACCACCAAGUCCUUCGUGGUGCGGGUGACGGACGAGAACGACAACCCGCCGCACUUCACGAAGCCGCACUACCAGGAGAUGAUCCUGGAGAACAACACGCCCGGCGCGUACCUGCUGUCGGUGUCGGCGCGCGACCCGGACCUGGGCCUCAACGGCACCGUCACCUACCAGAUCGUGCCGUCGCAGGUGCGCGACAUGCCCGUGUUCACGUACGUGUCCAUCAACCCCAACUCGGGCGACAUCUACGCGCUGAGGUCCUUCAACCACGAGCACACGCGCACCUUCGAGUUCAAGGUGCUGGCCAAGGACGGGGGCAACCCGUCGCUCUCCAGCAACGCCACGGUGCGCAUCGUGGUGCUCGACGUGAACGACAACACGCCCGUGAUGACCACCCCGCCGCUGGUCAACGGCACCGCCGAGGUGUCCAUCCCCAGGAACGCAGGUGUGGGCUACCUGGUCACGCAGGUGAAGGCGGAUGACUACGACGAGGGCGAGAACGGCAGGCUCACCUACUCCAUCUCGGAGGGGGACCGCGCCUUCUUCGAGAUCGACCAGGUGAACGGGGAGGUGCGCACCACCAGGAUGUUCGGCGAGAACGCCAAGACCACGUACGAGAUCACCGUGGUGGCCCACGACCACGGCAAGACCUCCCUGUCGGCCUCCGCCUUCAUCGUGGUCUACCUGUCCCCGGACCUGAACGCGCAGGAGUCCAUGGGACCCGUGAACCUGUCGCUCAUCUUCAUCAUCGCCCUGGGCUCCAUCGCCGCCAUCCUCUUCGUCACCAUGAUCUUCGUGGCCGUCAAGUGCAAGAGGGACAACAAGGAGAUCCGCACGUACAACUGCAGUUUCUUCUACCUGCACAGGGUGGCGGAGUACUCCUACGGCAACCAGAAGAAGUCGAGCAAGAAGAAGAAGCUCAGCAAGAACGACAUCCGGCUGGUGCCGCGCGACGUCGAGGAGACGGACAAGAUGAACGUGGUGAGUUGCUCGUCUCUCACCUCCUCGCUCAACUACUUCGACUACCACCAGCAGACCUUGCCUCUGGGCUGCCGGCGCUCGGAAAGCACCUUCCUCAACGUGGAGAGCCAGAACUCACGCAAUGCUGCCCCCAACCACGGCUAUCACCACACCUUCACCGGGCAGGGUCCACAGCAGCCUGACCUCAUCAUCAACGGCAUGCCACUGCCAGAGACGGAGAAUUAUUCCAUGGACUCCAGUUAUGUAAACAGCAGAGCACACCUUAUUAAAAGCACAUCCACCUUCAAGGACAUGGAAGGCAACAGUCUGAAGGACAGCGGUCAUGAGGAGAGCGACCAGACGGACAGCGAACACGACGUCCAGAGAGGCCUGUACGCGGACACGGCCGUGAACGACGUGCUGAACAUGAGCGCUCCACCCAGCGGCUGCCAGCUGCCGGAUCAAGAACCUGCUGAGAGUUUCCACUGCCAGGACGAGUGUCGCAUCCUGGGCCACUCGGAUCGCUGCUGGAUGCCCCGGGUGCCCAUGCCGGCCCGAGCCAAGUCCCCGGAGCACGGUCGCAACGUCAUUGCUCUGUCCAUCGAGGCCACCACGGUGGACGUGCCGCACUACGAGGACUCCGGCGCCAAAAGGACUUUUGCCACCUUUGGCAAGGACGGGUCAGAGGAGCCGGAGCGGACCGAGCCCAGGGCCAAGCGGACAGCCGAGCCGCCUGCGUGCAGCCCCAAGGCCAACGGCGCUGUCCGAGAGGCCGGCAAUGGGCGGGAAGCCGCCAGCCCCAUCACCUCCCCCGUGCACCUAAAGAGCCCCCUGUCGAAGGCGCCCGCCACCUAUGGUACCCUGAAAUGCCGCGACGCCGAACGCAUCGCCAACCACAGCCUGCUGCGGCAGCCGGAGGGGAAGGACAGCGAGCCGGCCGUGCGGGAGGUGGGCCAGCUGCUGCAGGACGCCCGCGACAAGGACUCCCCCGGUGGCAAGCGGCUCAAGGACAUCGUGCUUUAACUGGCCAGACGGGAGCCGGAGCGCGGGAGCGCACGCAUCCACAGACGUGCCUCUGAGUGUGUGCGAGAGAACAAGCGCUUGAGUGUGUGUGCGCGCGCGAGUGUGUGCAAGAGCAGGAAAACAACAGAGGAAGUGGAAAGGAGGAGGAGCUGUGGCGGGGAAGCGGGGAAGCGGGGAAGCGGGGAAGCGACCCCGAGAGCGACGAGGAACAGGGCGGAUGCUGCCAUGUUGGGUCUGCUGGCCAGCAGACCGCUUCGCUCUGGCUUUAUCUUUCUUGCAGUCAUUUCUCGCUUUUUCGUCCACCACCCCGCGGACCGGGGGGGGCCCGGCGUUUCCGUUUACUGUGUAACAUGCCAAAUUGUACCCUUCUUUUGUGGGAGCCGCAGCGGCAUUGAGCUGGAUGUUCUUGGACACCUGCAAUCUUGGAUACAAGUAGAAUCAUGCCUUUUAAGAACUAUUUCUAUUAUUUUAUGAGAUUGCCUUUUUUUGUUCGCAGAGAGGUUCUCAGCCGCCAGAUUGUUCGACGUUGCUUAUAAACUGACCCCUUUUUUUAGUGCAAGACCCCCAGACGCAACCAUGACAAUAUGACCCAUUUCUUUUGCAGGAAACAAUUGGCUUAUUUGGUCUUCAUGCCGUGUAAAGCAAAAGGACGGAGACACAAAGAAACUCCUCUUUCUCCCGUCCUAAUUUUUCCGGCUUCCAUUUGUUCGAUAAGAGAUUCCGUGCGUCCCGGAGGACAUUCCAGUGUCACGGAAAGGAAAAAAAACGCUGAGGUCGUUACGGUAUUUAUUUUUUAUCUCUGAUGGAGCUAAAUGAACGCUGAGUAUUGGCCGAGGCCCUCCGAACACUGGAAGGAGGACAAGACGGAUCCUCCCAAGCGAGAUAAAGCAGAGGGAGACUCAUUUUCUUUAGUAUCUCCUGUGCCCUUUCUUGAUUGUAGCCAGUGGGGCGCAGUUUGCUAGAACUUCGUGCUCCAGUCUUGUACCUUUUUUUGGGGGGAAACUCUUGACUUCGGACUGUGGGGCUAGGGUAGAAGGGAUCGUCACUCACAUGUGUUGCUACGUGAAACUCUUCAUAGGGUUUACUAUUAUUAUCAUUUUUAAUAACCUGUUGUUAUGUGACAAUCCCUUUAAAUGUUUCGUUUCGAGAGGAAAAAAUAAACCUUGGUGUUCAACUGAAGCUAAAGUAGCGUUUGUUACACAAACACAAAAAAGAAAAAAACAUAUAUGCCAAAAUAUAUUUUAUAAAUAAUUUAAAAUGUAUAAUGAGAAUAUUUAAUGCUGUGUAGUUAUUUUAUUAGUAAGUUAUACUUGAAAUUAACAGGCUUUUUGUUCCCCUCUUUUCGAAUUCUUUUAUUUUCAAAUUGAACAUGGACUUUUUGUUUACUGUGUUACCCCUGGCAACUGUUGAAUUGCAGUCUACCUUGUUGUAAAAGAGUUUCUUAUUGGUCAGUUCUUGUGCCAUCAAGUUUCUGUGUGGGCAAAUAGAAAAAGAAAAAAAAGACAAAAAAAAAAGCAAUUUCAGCACCAACAGUAGUGUCAGUUCAAUGAGCUUAGAGUGACAUAGCAAAAGUAAACCAAAAAUACGAUGCAAACGUAAAAGAGCCAAGACUACAGGUGGUAAUUUGUACAUGAAAAGGAGAGUUUGAACUAGAUCUGUCAGUUGGCUGGAGACUCUGCGUUCCGGAAUAUUCUGAAUAAUAAUCUGAAUGAUGAGUGUCUGUUGGAAGUUGGCUUUACAGCAAGGCCUCGGUCCAACCAGACUGCCACAAAGGACCGUCCUGAGAGUAACAUCUCGCGAUCUCUUCAAGAAAA